UCACUCUCUCAGCCCUGAGCCCUCAGCAAACCUUUUCUUGCAUUUUAAACCAGUUAAUCAACUAUUGGCCCGUCUGAGGGUUGAAGGAGAGGUCAAGUUAAUGGGCAGUAAUGAUCGUGAUCGUGGUGGCAGUAAGGAGGGACAUCCCAGCUACACACUGUGGGAGGUUACGGUGCUAGGUGACAGUAUUCUGAUCCAGUGAUCUGGAUAAUCCUGGCCCUGAACUGUGAGCUUUACACGGGGCCGAGACGCCCCGCUGACCUCGGCCCGGGUACGGUUACAACCCUGCAAAGGAUUUCUCCAAGGUUCUCCCCCUCAGCGUGCAACAACAACAGACAGUACAAAUAUCCGAGGAGCGCCUGAACGCACCACAGCACUGGUUUCCGAGAAGCGGAGCUGAGUGUUGAUGUUGGUCCUGUGAAAAGUGACUUCUAACAUCCCAGCAUGGAGGGCCCUUCAGAGGCAGCGGCUGACCCCAAAGCACGCACCUUCUCCCAGGUGGUGUUCACCGACACCCCGCACUCUUACCCCCCAGCAACCCCGGUCACCUGCUGCUACACCCGGACUGCGGCCUUCCAGCCCAAUCCCCGGGACUGGGUGGGCAUCUUCAAGGUGGGGUGGAGCACAACAAAGGAUUAUCACACGUUUGUGUGGGUGGAUCUGGACGAGGCAGAAGAGUCAGCGAGCAGGAAUGCUGUUUUUAAAGAAUACUACCUGCCUAAAGACGAGAUCGACUUCUACCAGUUCUGCUAUGUGGAUAACACGGGCCAGGUGCGAGGAGCCAGCACUCCGUUCUGCUUCAAGAACCCGGUGGAGCAAAGCAUCGAGAGCAGCCCGGAAGACGACCUGCUGGUCAUCACGACUCAGGAGCAGGUGGAGCAGAGCGUACGUGAGAAAGCUGAGCUGCAGAAAGAGCUGGAUCAGAUAAGGCAGGAAAAGGAAACCAUACAAAACGAUCUACAGAAGAAACAGCAAGAAGCGGCCGGCCUGAAGGGGCAGAAUGAGCAGAAAGAUAAAGAAAUUAGUCAACUGGUGAAAGAAAUGGAUCAAAUCAAGGAGCAGAAUGAGAACUUAAAGAGCUCCUUACAGAAGCAGAUAAAGGAAACGGACGGCUUGAAGGAGGAGGUGUUGAUCCAGAUGACGAAGCAGAUGGAGAUGGAGCAACACGACGCCGCCGAGCAGCAAACGCGCUGUCGAAGCCUCAACUCAGACGGAGAUUCAAGAGAAAACGAGAGACUCGCUCAGGAGAAAUACGACCGAGCCGUGGUGAAGAUCAACCAGAUGAAGGAGGAGCGAGAGCAGCUGAGAGGGAAGCUGGACGCUCAGAGUGUCGAAGUCGCCACGUUAAAUUCUAAACUCAGAGAACAAGAAAGGGAACUGCUCAAACUGAGAGACAGCACACAGCUGCUGCAGGUUGACCUCCAGAGCAGUGAGAAAGAGAAGGGGAGGCUUUCUAAAGAGCUGCAGACUCAGCAGAGCCUCACACACGACGUGGACAACGUGAGGAGGGAGAACCAGGAGCUGAGUCGGAGGCUGUCGCAGCAGGAGUCGCUGCAGAACUGUCCCGAUGACGACCUGAGGGUGCGGUGUCAGACUCUGACCAGCCAACUGCAGGACGCUCAGGCCAAGCUGUCGGCUGAGAGGGAGGAGAACAGGAACACCAGGAGGCAGGCGGAGGCUCUGGACAGAGAGCUGCAGCAGGCCCACGAGCAGCUGCACAAGGUCGUCUCCAUGUGUGAGGAGGCAGAUCGCAUGAAAGGCAAACUGGAGCUGCUGCUCAAUGAGGCUCAUGCAGUGAUCGCAGAGAAAGUCGGCAUCAUAGAGGAGAAGGAGAAGAUGAUCGUGCUGAAGGAACGCGAGCAGGAAGAGCUCACCAGAGACAACCAGACUCUGCAGAGUGACAUUGAGGGGCUGCGCAGCGUUUACGCCGACCUCCACGCAGCUCCCCCCGCCGACUCCUCACACCUGCAGCCUGAGCCGUCCUCUCCUGCUGCUGCUGCACCGUCCUCACAGGAGACGCCAGAACAGGCCGAGAACAUCUAUGAGAACAUCGGAGAUGCAGACCAGGAGGAAGAGCAGGAGCUGGUGUGUCGUCACUGCCAGGAGCGAUUCCCCGGCAUCACGCAGCACGAGCUGGAGACGCACGAGCAGAGCCACCGCGUCUGUCCCUUCUGCACCAUGAUCUGUGACACCAUGGAGCAGGCCGUGUUCGAGGAUCACGUCUACAGCCACGAGAUGUGAGAGCCGAGACAAACACGUCUUACAAGUCGGCUGUUACAAGAACAUACCGAUAUAUUUGCACACUUUUACUGCAAAUUACACACUUUACAUUACUGUUGAUGAUCUUCCAAAGCGUACUAAAGUUUGUUUGGGGUUUUGAGACAUGAAACCUGAGGUUGUAAUCCAUCAGAGAACAUCAUGUCCUCGGUUAUUUUUGGCGAAAUGUAAUCCAAUCGUUACACAGUAAUGUGCUUAAAAGUUGAGAUCAUUUUGCUGAAUAUUGUUUGCAAUAUUUUCUAAUAAGUGCCAAUAUGAAACAUCGGGAUCAGUCAUUCCCAGAGACUGGACGGGAGAUUUUGUGUCUCCACAUACAUUUUCUUCCAUAGUUCAAUAAUAAAAAGCAAACUGGACCUCCAGUAAAUAUUAAUAACUGAUAAUAAUCUAUUUUCAAGGGAUUAGGGAUUGUUUGGCAAUGAUGGCUGCACUUAAAAACAAGGAGCGUGUUUUUUAUUGUGCUAAACGUUUAAACUCUGAUAAUUUUACUUAAAACUAAAGCCUGUUAACUCUGCAUAUUUUUCUAAUUUGACAUGCUUUAAAUACCUAAAGUUGUGAUUUAUAUCUUUAUCUUAUUAGAUUUUCAUUGUUCAAUGCUAAAAAGUACUGAUGUUUACCACAUUGGUAAAGUAAAUUGGUUAAAGACAAUAAUGAAUAAUCUUUAAAAAAAAAAAAACUUACGGUAUUAUUUGGGAGGAAAAAACAGCAGUAAAGUAUAAAUGAUUUGCAGUAAAAGCUGAAU